AUGUUUUACGGGUCCUCCUCCACCAUGGCUCCACCAUCCAAGAACCGGCUGAAGCGCCAGAGCUGGAUUUUCUCCCAGGUCUUGUACCGGACGCUGAGCUACAAGGACCGGAGCUCAGCCUCUGCUUCCCUGGCAGCCGGUGAAGAUGACCCAGCCGAGCUCUCCACCCAGCUCUCAGCCCCCGGCGUCCUGAAGAUCUUUGGGGGCAAUAUCUGCGCGGGCACCAACUACAAGAGCGUGCUGGCGACGGGCAGCUCGGGUGCGCGGGAGCUGGUGAAGGAAGCCCUGGAGCGCUACGGGCUGAGCCAGCUCAGUGCCGGGCAGUAUGCCCUGUGCGAUGUCAUCGGGAGGUUCGAGGGCCCUGAGAAACGGUGGCAGACGGAGGGGCUGAGGGUCCUGGGUGACCACGAGAAGCCGCUGCUCAUCCAGGACCUCUGGAAGCCCAGGGAGGGCUUCUCGCGGCGGCUGGAGCUGCGCAAGAGGGCGGAGCUGGAGGAGCUGGCAGCCAGGGACGUGGACACCACCACCGCAGGUCAGAGCCAGGCGCGAGGCAGGGAGAGGGACAGCUUGGUUUACCUGCUGAAUCGCGAGCAGCACACGGUGGGCCAGAGGACACAGGCAAGCAAGCCCAGCAUCAGCCUGUCGGCCCCCGACAUCCUGCCCCUGCACUGCACCAUCAGGAAGCUCCGACCUUCCCGGCAUCGGUGGGAGGAGAAGCUGGUGCUGGAGCCCAUUGCCGGCGCCGGCAUCUCCAUCAACUUCGCCGAGGUGGCCCGGACGGUCGUGCUGCAGCACGGGGACCUCCUCUCCCUCGGCCUCUACUACCUGCUCCUCUACAAGGACCCCAUGAAGGCGCAGCCGCUGCCGGCGCAGACCCUGCUGAGGCUACGAGCUCUGCCCCCCGCCGUCCCCGAGGGUCCCCCCGUCUGUGGGGCGUGUGGCAGCCUGCUGAAGGAGAGGGACCCUGCGACCAAAAAGCGGGGCCUAUCACCCAUCGGCGGCCCCAGGGUGCCCCGCAGAAAGCUGCUGCUGGAGUUUGAGCCGGCAGCCGAGGGCUUGCGCCUGCGACGCCUCAGGACCCUGAUCGAGCCGGGGGGGGACGACCACAAGCUGACACCCGCCUUCCUGCUCUGCCUCUGCAUCCAGCACUCGGCCACCAGCUUCGAGCCGGGCGACUUCGGACAGCUGCUGCUCAAAGUGGCCAAAAUGAUCCAGAGGACAGUGUGGGAGCGGACGCGGGAGCUGGCUGAGAAGCAGUCCCAGCACCAGGACCCUGCCACCCUGUCCCGCUUCACCAUCACGGACCUUCUCCCGGACCUGCAGCACAUCCUCUUCUGGAUGGCCAACGCCAUCGAGGUCCUCUACUUCGUUCAGCAGAAAUCGCCCACCUACAUCCAGAGCAUGGAGGAGGAGCUGGACGUCAGAGGCUCCAAGGAAUCUCUGUUCUCCUCGACCAUCACAGCCAGCGAGGAGGCGAUGACGGUGCUGGAGGAGGUGAUCAUGUACACAUUCCAGCAGUGCGUCUACUACAUCUCCAAGUGUCUGUAUGUGUCGCUCCCUGCCCUGCUGGAGUGUAACCCCUUCCAGAACGAGUGCCGGGAGAGCUGGCGGGUGUCCCCGCCGCUGCCCGAGGAGCUCCGCAGGGUCGUGCUCAUCUACCAGGCGGCGCUGGACCUGCUCCGCCAGUACGAAGUGCACCCGGAGAUCACCUCCCAGAUGUUCGCCUACCUAUUCUUCUUCUCCAACACCCUGCUCUUCAACCAGCUCCUGGAUAAGGGCUCCUCUCUCGGCUGCUUCCACUGGUCGCAGGGGGUGAAGCUGCAGGCCAGCAUGCGGCUGCUCCUGGAGUGGCUGCGCGGCGCUGGCUUCGAGCAGCUCGCCCAGCAGUUCUUCGCCAAACUUGCCAGCGUGGCCAACCUGCUGGCCCUGCCUGGCUCCCCCCUCACUCAGAUGACCUGGCCGUCCCUGCGAGCCGAGUUCCCGGCGCUGAGCCCCGUGCAGCUCCACCGGGUGCUGAGCCAGUGCCAGGUGGUGAUGGGUGUGGGCUGCAUUGCAGCGUGGCAGCCCAUCGAGGAGGAGAGCCCGGCCACCUUCCAGCCCGAUGAGAUGCUGGAGUCCUUCGACAACCACCCGCCCAUCAUCCUGCCCAGUGGGGGCUUCAAAGUGGACCUGGAGGUGGAGACAUUGGACGACAACAUCUACCGGCACCUCCUUUACAUCCGCCACUUCCUCUGGAGCCUGCAGAGCAAGAGCCCCCACACCAGUGAGGGGCCAGGCUCAGCACCCCCAAAGAAAGAGGCAUGCAUGACGCCAGAUGUCCUGGAGGUGAGCGAGAGCCCAGCUGCUGCCCUGGGGGGCACCAUCACCCAGGAGGACUACUGCUCCCCGGGGGGCUGCGCUGAGCCGGAGGGGAGCCCCCAGCUCUGCCUGGCCACCAACGGCUGCCCCUGCGCGCGCCCCACCGGCGAGCCACAGCUCCAGGAGAGCGGGCCCCAGCUCCAGGAGAAGCUGAAGCAGCUGCAGCUGGGCAGGGGUCCAGCACCCAAAAAUGGCAUGGCGCCCUCAGACCCCUCCUGCCUGCUGACACCACCCACCACCCCCCUGAAUUUUGACUCCGGGAGCCUGGAGUCCCCGCAGGGCACCGGCAAGGGGCUGCAGGACCCCCGGAGGAACGGGAUGAACGGCACCAAAGGCAGCACUCCUGAAGGAUGCUCGCCGACCCCCUAUGACUACCCCACGCCAGAGUCUUCCAGCCGCAGCUCUGCCACCGAUGACUUCUGCUACGUCUUUGUGGUGGAGCUGGAGAGAGGACCCAUCGGGCUGGGGAUGGGGCUGAUCGACGGCUUGCACACUCCUCUCUGCUCCCCGGGGAUCUACAUCCGCACCCUGAUCGAGGACAGCCCCGCGGCCGAUGACGGCAGGCUCUCCAUCGGGGACCGCAUCCUGGCUGUCAAUGGCACCAGUCUCAUUGGGGCAGACUACCAAAGUGCGGUAGACCUCAUCCGCUCCGGAGGGAAGAAGCUGCGGUUUCUGGUUGCCAAGUCAGACAUCGAAAUAGCCAAAAAAAUCAGUUCCAGCUCCUCUUCCUCCUAG